CGUCUGUGCAGGGUACGAUGAUCUGCACGCAUGUGAGGCGGAUAUCUUGUCGAGUGAGAUGCCUUCGGCCAUAGAGCAGUAGCCGAGGGCUCUUCCACCCGAUGGCACCCUGGUGCCGAGGGCUCAUAGUGCCGAGGGCUACUAUUUUCGCCGUUUUCUCCCAGUUUCUUAAUUUGCUUGAGAAACCCGUUCUGUGAGAAUUUAGAGCCUUCGGCCGGGGGGGGCGAAGGCACCCCUGGCGCGUAGUGCGGGCUGCUUGGUACUCUGGGCGCUGUGAUUUGGGCCUUCUGGGCCUGUUGGGCCUUCGCUGGAGUAGUAGGAGUCUGUGGGCCGGGGGUUCCCGGGCCAUAUACUCCAUCAGGAGUCCCUCACUCCUUUUGCCGAAAGGUACUUGAGGGAAAAGGAGUAAUUUGUGCUUGCCCUUUGAUGUUGUCCCGUCGUGAUCUCUGAAGUUGGUGAGGAGUUGUUGCUUUUAUGUCCCUGCCGAAGGCAGUCCCUCAGUUACCCACAUGUCGGGACUUGAGGGCUUGCUUUGUUGUUUGUUGGAAUUUCACAGAUUUUGUAAUUUAAUGAUUUUCCCGAGGGGGUCCUCCAGUCCCCCACUCCUUGAGGCACUUGUAGAGUGGUGAAAAGGAGUAAAGUAGUUAUGUUACUGUUGUGGGCCGAAGGCUGACGCUUUUCGUUUCAUUUUGGGGGGAUGCCUCGUUAAAAACCUCAUUAGGAAAAACCCUUUGGGAAAAAAUCCUAAUGAGGGAAAAAGAGUGCACCGAAUUCCCCCAAUGAUGAAUCGAAAAUGUCAAACCUUGGUAUAAAGUGGAGAAUGACGGGAAUGCCGAAGGCUCUCUCUUCUGAGGGCUCCUGUGUUGAUUAGCCGAAGGCUUGCUGUUGAUGUCCUGGUGGUGCCGAAGGGGAGCCCCUCAAUCCAGGGAUCGAGGGCCUGCCAGAUGAGGGCAGCAGUGAAGUUGUUACCGGGGGUCCACUGUUUGUUGAUGAGUUGGUGAUGAAGAUACCCGAGGGCUCCCAUUACCUGUGUGCCAUGGGCCAUCCGUCAAUGAGGCACUCCCCGGGGGCUACCCGGUUUUGCAGUGCUGAGGGGGAAACCCCGAGGGGUGCCCCUGAUAUGCAGCCCUGGGGAUCUGAAGGAGUGAUCCCGAAGGCGUCUGUUAUGUGCUGUGUGGGGCGCAACCCGGGGGCACUUCUGAGUGAGUGUACCCGGAGGCUAUCCUUGAUGAAGUGGAGUGAAGUAGAAAACCCGGGGGCUUCCAGAAUAUAGCCGUUGGAAAUAUAGCCGUUGGAAUAUGUAACGACAGGAUAUAGCCGUUGGGGGGAUGGCACGCGUGGCGUGUGAUGGUUGGCUAUUCGUGGGCGGCGUCACCGGUUGGGUGAAACGACGGUGUGUAAUGAUGACGGUCCGUCCGGAGGCCCGGAAUCCAGGCCCAAGCCCGAAUUCCAUCGCCUAUAAAUACCCCAAGGCCAGAGCCAUUCCCGCUGUGCGAACUCAGUUGUUUUAGCGAAGCUCUACCAAAAAAUCUAGUGAGAGAAACUCCAGCCUUCGGUCCUAACUCAGCUUUCAAGGUCAGUGCUCCCUGCCUUUCUCCUUCUAGCAUAGCUGUACUGUGCCCUUAGGUUAGGAGAUAGAAAAGUUAGGAAACACUACCGUCUACGAGCCCUCGAACUAGAGUGCGAAUGUCAUCCCAGAGCGAUUCUCAAGAUAUCUCGAGGAUGCCCUCGAUGGAGGACGAAGGCAUCUCCGACGUGGAGUCAAGCAGUGGUCAACCCUCGGAUGGUGGUGAUGCAGCCCUGGCCCAGGAGGUCCAGAAGGAACUCAUUGCGGAGGUUGAAGCCGAGGGCUUCGAGCAGGAGUGCGAGGAUGAAGACUUAGCCCUCGCAUGGCAAACAGCGGAGGAUGUGGCGCAGAAUGAGAGCUCGAAGGUUACGAUAGCUAUUCUCCCCCCUCGGGGUUCUGGGGAAGCCAGUAGCUCGAGGCCGCUGGAUCCGAUACCUCUGAGGGCGGUUUCCGGUUUGAAGAAGAAGAAGGCCGCAGCCAAGAAGAAGGAGAGGGCCGUCGAUCAAGGAAAGCCCGUGGACAUGCCCGAGGGGUACAGUUGGCUGAACACUGAGGCCCUCGAGAUCAAGUCGAAGGCUGAUAGGGCAGAUCUGUACGUGACUCAGCUGCACGUGGGGCCCUCGGCCGAAGUGGUGGAGCCAGGUCCCGACGACGUGUUGUCCAGGGCGCCCGAGGGGUGUAUCGCUGUUCACGUCCUCUCGGUUUCCAUGGGACUUAGGUUCCCUCUGCACCCGUUCCUCCGGGAGUAUUUGAGGUUCGUUGGUUUGGUCCCCUGCCAACUCACGCCCAACAGCCACUCCUACAUUGCGGGGUUCCUCCAGCUCUGCAAGUCCCGAGGGGUGAAGCCCAGCCUGGAUCUAUUCUUCCAGAGCUUUAAUCUGUGCCGGGGGGGGGGGGGGGGCACGAAAACGGCGAGGGGUACGCCAACCUGCAGCAGAUUACCCGCUUCAAACUAUUCUCCGAUGCUCCUUCUUCCAACAAAGGAUGGAGGGAACGUUGGUGCUACGUAAAGUUGGAUGAGAGCCCAUUCCCGAGGGAGCUGCAUGAUCGAUUCCGAAGGCACGAAAAGAUCAGGAGUGCCGCUCUCGAGAAAGACGACCUAAAGCUGGCCAAGUUCCCGGAGGGGAAAAAUAAGAACGUGGCGAUCAAAGACUGCACCCUCGAGGAGGAUUUAUACACCCUCGGGUUCCGGAGGUACCGCUUCAUAGGGGAGACCGAUGAAAAGUACCCUCCCUUCAAAAAGGCCUUCGGAGGGGCCGGAGGUAGGAGCCGAGGGCUUUAGAAUUUUGUACUUAGUUUUUUUUUUUGCUUGGAUGUUACUGUCCCUUCGCUUAGACCCGUCGGACUAACCCUUUGUCUCCUUUGUGCAGGUAUCCCCGUCUCUAUGGUGAACGUAAAGGGCCUUGCUCGCCUGAAGAAACAGGACCCGAAGGGGUCGGGACAGGGCAUCCAGAAGCCCGCCACUGCCCUCUUUAAGAAAGCCGAGGGCGAUGCCGCUGCCGGCAAGAGGAAGGCAGUGACCAAGGGGUCCCCCCCGGCUACCAAAAAGCCGAAGAAGGGGGAUGUCGCCGAGAAGGAGCCCCCGGUCAUUAUUGCUGAUGAGCACCCCGCCUCCGGGGUGCAUGUGGAGAAGCCGUCGGGUGAAACGCCGGCGGGGGCAGAGGAGUUGCUGCCUGAGGUCCUCCAAGUCUCGUUCCCGAGGGGGACAUCCCUGGCCAGCAGCGCUGUCGACCCGGGGGCCAUCUUGAGGGGCAUAACCCCUGAGACUGAUAGGGCUGCCCUCGGGGCUUAUAACGAUGCGGCCCUCGAGGACCACAUCCUCCGCUCCUCCCUUUCUGCUUGUCUAGCCCUCGGUGAACAUGCCCGGAGGCUUCAAGAAUGGCGCCUCCAUAAAGCCGAGCAGGAUGCCAAGAUGAGGGAAUGCAUCCUCAAAAAUAAAGAGGCGGUGAAGCUGGGGGCCAGGCUGGAAGAGGAGCUUCGGCAAAUGGAGCAGAGAUUGGAGGCCGCAGAGAAGGGCAAGGCUGACGCUGAGGCCGCUGCUGAGGAGGCCAGGAGGGCUGCCAAAGAGGCUGAGGACUCCAAGGCGCUGGCCGUCGCCAAGGCUCGGGAGGAAGCCGUUGAUGCCUUCGUCGCCGAGGGCUGGAGGGCUGAGGGACGCAAGAUGUGGCUGUCCUCGGUUGUGGAGGCACACGUCGAGGAAUGGGCCGAGGGCCCUGGGUGGGAAUGGAUGGCCCGGAAGGGCAGAGAGUACUAUGAAGCCGGCGAAUUCUUCACCCAGGCCCUCAUCUACCGGAGGAUGGCCCGGCAUUUGGGCAUUGAGCAAAUGGACUUCUCCCCCUCGGCGUAUGGCCUUCCUCCCCUGCAGCCUGAUGUCCGUCAGUCGCUCCCGGAAGGUGUUCAGAGGCCCGACCUUGAGGACACGGAGUUGAAGAAUGAGGCCGAGGACGACGCUGUCGAGACCGGAGCGGAGGCAUCAUCGAGGCCGGCUGCAGAGGGCGCCCCGGUGAAUGAUGCUGUUGUAGUUGUAGAGUGACUUUGUAAAAAAUCCUUGAACAUAUUUUGUAAUGAACAACUUUGAUCCUUCGGCUUCGGCCUGUUUGUAAAUUUCACACUUACCCUGUUUUUGAUGAAUGCAUGCUGCCUCCGGGCUUUUCAUAUUCGAAUGCGCCUUAUGUUUUGAAUGUAUGCCUUCUCCUUUGAAUGUAUGUUCUCGGUAUUUUUGAAUGUAUGUCUAGGACUUAGAAUAUUUUCCGAUUGUAGCCUGCCCUUGGAAGCCUUCGGUAGUUGGGCACCCUCUGCUGGAUAUGCAACCGAGGGUUCUGUAGGAAUUAGGACUUAGAAAAUUUCUCUAAGUGUAGCACGGCAUGGGGCCUUCGGGUGUUUGUAGUAACCCACUUCCUAGGACUUAGAAAAAUUCCUGAGUGUAGGUUUUCCCUUGUGAGCCUUCGGGUAUCUGUAGUAACCCAAUCCAUAGGACUUAGAAAAAUUUCUAAGUGUGGAUCUUCCCUUGUGAGCCUUCGGGAAAUGGGAUCCCUUCCUGAUGUGUGAAUCUUGGACCGAGGGCCCAAUGUUCAGGACUCAGAGAUUUUUUGCAAGUGUAGUAUGUCAUGUAGCCUUCGGCUACUGUGGAGCCCCACCUGUAAUAUUGAAUAGGCCGGGGGCUAAUUCUUUAGGACUUAGGAAAUUUUCUUGAGUGUUGAUUCCUUGUGCACUGUAGCCCUCGAUUGAUAGGUAGCCUUCGGCAAUUAGGUCCCUUGAGAUGAAGGGGAAAUAUGUAGGACUUAGAAAAUCUUCUAAGUGUAGAGUUUCCCUUGGGAGCCUUCGGGAGAUGGCAUCCCUUCAUGAUGUAUGAGUAGUUGUCCGGGGGGGAAUAUGUGGGACUUAGAAAAUCUUCUAAGUGCAAAAUCUCCUUUGGGAGCCUUCGGGAGAUGGCGUCCCUUCUUGAUGUAAGAGUAGUUGACCGAGGGGGAAAAUAUGCAGGACUUAGAAAAUAUUCUAAGUGUAAAAUCUCCCUUGGGAGCCUUCGGGAGAUGGCAUCCCUCCUUGAUGUAUGGCCUUCGGCUGUCACAUUCCUCUAGCUGCAAUACUAACUGAGCCGGGGGCCCAUCUUUAGGACAUAGAAAUUUUCUUUGUUUGCAGGUGUUGUUGUAUCGCAUAGCCUUCGGCUAUUGUAUUCCCCUAGCUGUAGUGUUGAUUGAGCCGGGGGCCCAAUUUUGGGACUUGGAAUUUUUCAAGCGUUGUUUCUUUGUGUAGCCUUCGGGUGAUAGGUGCCUUUUGACUCUACAUUACUUUGCGAGAUGCCCGGGGGCUGCUCCUUCAGGACUUAGAAUUUGUUCUAAGCAUAAAUUGAUGUUGAGUCCUGUUGUUGUGAAGAAAGCCAAUGAGGAGUGUGUGCCCUCGGCAUACACUUUAAAAGUUGUAGAAUUUGACCCUUGUCAUGGGGAAAGGGCCCUCGGUAUUUGUGCAUAACAGAUGCCUUCGGUGUCUGUUUGAAGUACCGUUUAGUGGACCUUGGAUAGUCCAGUCCCUUUGUAUUGUGGAAGCCUUCGGUGUUUUUGUGACCGGAGGUGACCAGGUAGUGGUCUUUGCCGUUUCCUGAUGAUAUUUGUUUGAGUAGUAUCCUUCGGGAAAUAGGAGCCUUCAGUUACCGGAGGUGUUCCCGUGGGGAGCCCUCGGUUUGUUGUGAUCUGUUGGAGUGUACUCUUUGAUUUCUCGCUGAGUCUACUCCCCUUCACCCCCUCUAUUUUUUUUUUUGGUUGGUGGUGAAGGGAAGGCAUCAAGAAACUUGGUUUCUUGGUAAGGUUGGGCCUAUUAGGAGACCAUCAGAAUACACCAAUG